UUCAGUCAGCGGCGGAUCUGUUUAUUUUGUCGUUCAGCGUUCAGUUUAUUCGAUUCAAUCUGAAUCUAAUAGAUCUAAAGGAUUACUUCAGGAUUACUCUACAUCAGCGAGUUUACCUCUGAAGAUCACUUCACGUGCGGAUUCAUUAAACAUUUUAAGAGGAUGGCGGAUCACAGAUGGAUCCUGCGAGCUCUUGGAAACGGCCCUACGAAGAGGAAUCUGUUCGGUCCGGUGGAUCACGAGCAGCUUCAGGUGGAGUACAGUAAUGCUCUGCAGAAAGACCUGAAAGAAGCGUCGCGCCGCUGGAACUUUGAUUUCAUCUCAGAGAAGCCGAUGGAGGACGGAGACUUUCAGUGGGAGGUCGUGUCCGGGGACCGAGUGCCCGUCCUGUACCGCUCGUGUCAGAUGGAGGAGCAGUUGUCCGGUCCGUCUGAUGCCGGGAAAGAGAACGACCCCAAAACCUCAGAAGGGUUCAGUUCUUUCCCACAAUUCCUGGAGAAAACACCAGAGAAGAAAGAAGCACAGAAGAGAAAACAAACAAAUAUUACAGAUUUCUACCAGACGAAGAAGAGACUCGUGGCCACGCCCCGUAAAUCAGGACAAUAACUGUAAAAGACAGACUAACAGUUUCUCUCUAUCAGGACUCAAUAUCUUCAUCAGAUGACACUUUUACUGAUGGAUCGUUUAUGACACAAGAUGUCAUGGAUCAAACACUCAUCUGUAUCUUUAAAUGUUUGCUGAUUGUUUUCAAUCAUGUAUGAGCACUUCAUGUUUAUGGACGGUUAAUAUUCAAAUGCCUUAAAAGCCCUUUACAUUCCCCGGAUUGAGGUGAAAAUGUUUUGUUUUUUGAUGUUGGAGAUGUAUAAAGAUGUAUUGCUUUGUUGCACAAAAGAUGUAGCUGAUUUAAAAAACUCUAAACUUUAAAUCUUUAGUUAUUUAUGAAUCUAACCCUCCAUAUUAAUAUGACUGUUAGUGUUUCUGAAUGUUUUCAUGACCUGUCAUUAUGUUUUACUAAAGUAACAGUAUGCUGUAUUAACAAACACUGAGCCUCAAACUUAAGCAAAAUUGUUUAGUACAUUUCAUUACCUUUAUUUCAGUGUGAUGGUUUACACAGUAAUUUAAUUAAACAUUAAUUUGAUAUUCACGUUUCAUACAUUUGGCCAAAUGCAUUAACAGUGUCAUUACAAACAUCAUUCUUCUGUUUGUUGUCAUGAAGGUUAAAUAUCUUGUUUAACAAAUCCAGUCAUGAUGUUUAUGAUGAUUAUUAGGGAUGUAACUAUGAUAUAACAGUUCUGUCAUGUUUGUUGCAUUCGGAUGUCUGUCGACUGCAGUAUGUAAAUUAUCACAUGAAUAAUUGACAUAUAAUACUGAAUUGCACUCUUUUUUAUUUCCAGUAGUGUAGCUCGCACAGGUCUGUUUUGGUUAAAGACUUGUUGUUGUUGUUAUAAAAAUAUGUGCUGUAUUUAUUUAAGGAAAGUUAUAUUGUAUAUUCACAUGUAAUUGUUCAUAAAACUGUAUAUGAAAAGAAA